AUUGUUCUUGUUGUUGAUGUAUGUAUGUAUCACAACACUCUGAAAACCUAACAGAAAUUUCCAUACCAUCACCCACAUUUUGUCUCCUCUAUAUCUGCCCUAAUUUCGCGAUUUCUCACAGCCCCCCUUCACCAUCGUUAAACCAAUAUACAUACACAUAUACAUACACGCGUCUUUGCAUCAAAGCCCAGACCUUUCUUUCUCAGGAUCUCACCCUGUUUUCUGCAUUCAACAGAGGUACAAUUACUCGCCUUUUUCAUUGGAUUCUGCGUCUAUUUGAACCCUAGGUUGUGAAUUCUUUGUAAUCUAGGGUUUGUUGUUGAUUCACAUUCAUUGUGUUUCAUUGUUUUUAGUGUUUGGUUGAUGGUUAUAUGUCAUUGUUUGUGUGGGGAUUGAUUGAUUGAGGGUGAAACUUAGGGUCUUUUCGACUCUGGUGGUUUAGUUUUUUGAGUAGAAUAUGGAUGUUUGUUGAAAGUUUUGAUUUUGAUCGAGAUUAAGGAUAUAGGUGGUUGAAGGUUUGAUUUUUAUCCUUCAAGUGUUGUUGAGUGCAUUUGGGGUGAUAGGGCUGUUUUGUGUUUGUCGGGUGUUAUUGAAUUGAUCAGUUGUUUUAAAGGAAGAUAUUCGGACUAGGUUGCAGGGUGGGUGUGAUUUGGGGUAGUGUUCGAUUUUUAUUUUUUUUAAGAAUUGGUGAGGGUGAAAAGCAAGGUCAGUGGAGAUUUGAUCUUGUGGCCUGAUCAUGUUUGGUACUGAUGGAAAGAAUUGAACCUGCGUUAGUUCCUGAAUGGUUGAGAUGUUCGGGAAGUGUUACUGGCGGUGGCUCUUCAGCGCACCAUUUUGCAUCGUCAUCAGAUGUUAAUUCAUCCACGCUCUCCGUAAGGAACAAAGCUUUUAGGAGCAUUAAUGAUAAGGACAGCCCACGUUCUUCAUUUUUGGACCGAAGUGGUUCGUCUAAUUCUAGACGUAGUUCAAGCAGUAAUGGCUCUUCAAAGCAUCCAUACAGUAGUUUCACUCGAAGUCAUCGUGAUAAAACACGGGACAGAGAGAAGGAGAGACCAGCUAUUAGAGACCUCUGGGAUCCGGACCCUUUAGCAAGCAUUUUGGGCAGUAGGGUUGAGAACACCCUUAGGCGUUCUCAAUCUAUGGUGUCUAGGAAAAAUAGUGAGGCAUUACCUCGAAAAGUAAGUGAACUCAAAGGUGGUAGUAGCUCAAACCGAAGUAGCGACAAUGGUGUGCUUUCUGGUGGCAGUAACAUGAGAGGAGUGCAAAAGGUUGCCUUCGAAAAAGAUUUUCCCUCUCUUGGAGCUGAGGAGAAACAGGUAGUGUCUGAUGUUGGGAGAAUGACGUCUCCUCUUAUUAGUACAGCUGUCCAGAGCUUGCCUAUUGGAACCUCAGGGUUGAUUGGUGGUGAGGGUUGGACAUCUGCUCUAGUUGAAGUGCCUGUUGUAACUGGAAACAGUAUUACAGGGACCAUAUCUUGUCAGCAGAGUUCUGUUUCCAGUCCAGCAUCUGGGGUCUCAAGUUCUAUGGGUGCCCUUAAUAUGGCUGAGACCUUGACACAGGCUCCUCUACGUGUACGUACAAGUACUCAGCUACCUGAUAAGAUCCAAAGGCUUGAGGAAUUGGCUAUAAAGCAAUCCAGACAAUUGAUACCUAUGAGACCUUCAACGCCUAAAGCCUUGGUUGUUAAUUCUUCUGAUAAAUUAAAGCAGCAGCCAAAGACAGUCAGGACCAGUGAGACAAUUGCUGCUGUGAAGAUUGGUCAGCAGCAGGGCUUACAGUCACAGUCUAGUCAGUCUCUUCGUGCUGUACAGAUCAAAUCUGAUGUUCCAAAGACGUCUCAUGGUGGGAAGUUUCUUGUUCUCAAACCAGUGUGGGAGAAUGGUGUCUCUUCUACUGCAAAGGAUGGUAGUUCUAUUUCCAGAGUAGCAAAUAGCCAAGUUCCAGUUCCACCCGUGGCUCCAGCUCCUCCAUUGUCGAGCCCAAAUCAUGCAACCAUUGAACGUAAGGCAAUUGCUUUAAAUCCAAAGUCCAUUGCAGAGAAGAGAGCUUCAUUGGCACAAGCUCGAAGCAGGAAUGAUUUCUUUAAUCUCAUGAGAAAAAAGAACUCUUUGAACACAUCUGGCAUUACUCCAGAUUCAGGUCCUGCUGUUGAGAAUCCUUGUGUAAAUAAAGUGGUUGGCAGUUCCCCUGAAAGUCCUUGUGUUAUGACUGAGAAUGGUAGCAAGAUAAAUAGUAAUGGUGAUAGUCAUGAGGGCCACGAGUUUUUAAACAAUGUAGAGAAGAGUUCAUGUCUUGAUGAAGCAGUUUAUCCAGAUGAAGAAGAGGCUGCUUUUCUUCGCUCUCUUGGUUGGGAAGAAAGCAGCGGAGAGGAUGAAGGCCUGACAGAGGAGGAGAUUAAUGCUUUCUAUCAGGAGUACAUGAAACUGAUGCCAUCCUUGAAAAUCUGCCGAGGUGUACAGCUAAAAACUGCAGUGUUGUCUGAAUCUUAUGGGUCCAAGUGAAUGCUAGGUAUUUUCCAACAAAAGAUCUCUGAAUUGCACUUUUGUUGGUUCUUUUUUUCACUUAAUGACUUUCACCGCAAUCAAGAACUCAUGGUGAGUGAAGUGACGGAUCAGACACUUGGAUGCAUGCAAUGGGAAUUAGUAGAAUAAAUUCUUGGCACUCUAGACGUAAAGGCUCUAUUUAAUAUGUUUCAGAUGUCUAGGUUUAGUUAAUGAGCUAUUUUGCUACACAGCUUAUGAUGCACUGAGAUGUUGCAUCUUUUGGUAUAUGUUUUGUCCUUUGUCCUUAUUUCUUUCAAGGUCGAUUAAAGGGUACAAAAGAGGAAACAUCUGAUAUUUUGGAAAAUUUUAUGAAAGAAACGAGAAUUGAUGUAUUUUUUUC